UCCCAUGCUUGCUGGAGAGCAGCUCAGGCGGGGAGAGCAGUCUGUUAAAGGAGGGCUGCUCGAAGGAGGAAGGUGCGAGGGUUUUCUUGGAUUUAAAUAACCUGACGUGUGCGGUUAAAGAAGGAGGAAUUUUAACAAAGGAAAUGAAUAUCAUUUGGGUGUGGACGGCCAUGGCGACUAUGGAGGUUGCUGUUCUGGCCGAGCUGUCGUCAAGCAGGCAGGAUCGUUUGCCAUGCACAAAGGGCUUUUCACAAGAGGAAUACUACACUAAAACUGAGUCAGAGAUGGCAGAGGGGCAGGCUGUGUUUAACGUGACAUUCAGGAACUGUGAUGAGGGAAAUGUCCAACUGAAGGCUGCAGAUACCUCUGCCUUCACUGUGAGUCAGGAAGGUGUAAUAUACACCCUACAACCACUGAGCCUGGGAGUGGAGGAAAAGGCUCAGGUCAUGAUCUAUGCUCAAGACCUUCAGUCCAACAGAAUUUGGCACACCAGAGUUCAUCUUGAGAUCAAUACUGCACCAGAACAGGUAAAGCCUGGUGAUACAGCACUGACUCAGCUAGAGGUCCUGUUUCCAUGGCGUAGCGUGGUUGUUGGUGGCGAUGGCACCAUGAGGCGGGUAAAGAGGGACUGGGUCAUUCCGCCUAUCAACGUUCCUGAGAACUCAAGAGGGCAGUUCCCAGAGGAUCUAGUCAGGAUUCGUUCAGAUCGGGAUCGGGAUAAGAACCGGAUGCUGCGCUACAGUGUGACAGGUCCUGGUGCUGACCAACCUCCAACUGGCAUCUUCAUCAUCAACCCAAUCUCGGGCCAGCUGUCCGUCACCAAACCUCUGGACAGAGAACACAUCCCUAACUUCCAUUUACGAGCCCAUGCUGUGGAUCUGAAUGGCAACCAAGUGGAGAACCCAAUUGACAUCGUCAUCAACGUCAUCGACCAGAAUGAUAACAGACCAGAGUUCACACACACCAUCUUCAAUGGUUCUGUUCCUGAGGGAUCCAAACCCGGAUCAUUUGUAAUGACAGUGACAGCAGUGGAUAAGGAUGACCCAAAAAUGGCCAAUGGAAUGUUGCGGUACAAGAUACUUUCUCAGAAUCCCCAAAGUCCGUCAUAUAAUAUGUUUACCAUAAACAACAGGACUGGUGACAUCAUCACUGUUGCUGCAGGCCUGGAUCGGGAGAAAGUCCCUCAGUACACCCUGAUCAUCCAGGCCACUGACAUGGAGGGAAACCCCACCUACGGCCUUUCCAACACUGCCACCACUGUCAUCAGGAUCACUGACGUCAACGACAACCCUCCUCCAUGGUAUGUAUGAGCAUUCUUCGGUGAAGUUCAUGAGAACAGGGUGAAUGUAAUUAUUGCUAACCUGACAGUGACAGAUAAAGACCAGCCGCAUACGCCGUCCUGGAGCACAGUGUACCGGAUCAUUGCUGGAGACCCCGGAGGGCACUUCUCCAUCCCCACUGACCCCACCACUAAUGAGGGCUUGAUCACUGUGGUUAAGCCGGUAGAUUUUGAGUUGACCCGUUCAUACAUGCUAACUGUGGAGGCAGAAAAUGAAAUCCCAUUGGCCCGCGGCAUCCACAUCCCUCGUCAGUCCACAGCAACUGUGUCUGUGAGAAUCUUGGACAUCAAUGAGAGUCCAGAGUUCAGCCCCAACCCCAAGAUUAUUAAACUGGAAGAAGGUUUACCAGCGGGAUCUUUGCUCACAACUUUCACUGCCCAGGACCCUGACCGCUUCAUGAGGCAGACUAUCAGGAGAGCUUCUCCGAACUCCUGCUGGUUUAUGGCCUUCACAGAUCAGUGUGAAAAGCUAGAACUUCCUACUGAUUGUUUUCCAGACCUGGUCGGAGUACUGGAGCAGAUAGAGGAGCAUGUUGGUGUCUCCGGCCAAACUUCACAAACAGCCCAACAACCCGAAGACAGACUGUUAGUGAGUGGACAUCUCUUUGAUGGACUGCAGAGAGGAACUGCCUAUUAUCAACAGAAACAGAAACUGGGUAUUCCUCCUGCCACUGGUACAGGAACCCUUCAGAUUCACCUGCUGGACAUAAAUGACAACGCGCCUAAUGUGUUCCCUCCUGAAGUGGAAAUGUGUGAGAAACCAGAUCCAAACUCCUUAAACAUCACAGCCAAUGACCCCGACCUGACUCCCAAUGCUGGACCCUUUGUGUUUGAGCUGGCAAGUCGUCCAUCAGAUGUACGUCGCAACUGGACCCUCAGUCGCCUGAAUGGCGAGUCCGCCCAGCUUCACCUGCGGAUCGGUUCUCUUGCCAGUGGCAUCUAUGAGCUCCCCAUUGUGAUCACAGACUCUGGCAACCUGCCCAUGUCUAACACAUCCUUCUUGAGGGUAAAGGUCUGUCCCUGUGAUCGCCAUGGAGACUGUGUGGACAUGGAGAAAAUGAUUGCCGCUGGAUUGGGCACUGGAGCUAUUAUCUCCAUCCUCAUCUGUAUCAUCAUACUAUUAGUGCUGGUACUCCUCUUUGUGAUGUGGAUGAAGAGGAGGGAUAAAGAGCGUCAGGCCAAGCAACUUCUGAUCGACCCAGAGGACGAUGUCCGAGACAACAUCCUCAAAUAUGAUGAGGAGGGAGGUGGAGAAGAGGAUCAGGACUAUGACCUGAGCCAACUGCAACAGCCUGAUGCCCUGGAGCCAGAGUGUGUAAAAGUGGGAAUCAGACGUCUGGACGAGAGGCCCCACCACCAUGACCACCAGUACCCCCUCCGCUCUGCUGCCCCUCAACAAGGAGAUAUAGGAGACUUCAUCCAUGAGGGCCUGAAGGCUGCAGACCAUGACCCCACGGCUCCCCCUUACGACUCUUUGCUGGUGUUUGACUAUGAGGGGAGCAGUUCUACUGCCGGCUCCCUCAGCUCCCUGCACUCUUCGUCAAGCUGUGGAGACCAGGAUUACGAUUACCUUGGCGACUGGGGGCCACGUUUCCGCAAGCUGGCCGACCUGUACAGUGGAGGAGAUGACUAGCGUCAUCGGCCCUCCACUAAUGGAUUCCACCCUACUGUCCUUGCUGCAAGGUUUAGGUGAUGGGUGGGUUAAAACAGAAAAUAUUGGAUUAUAUUUGGGUUUUGGCUCAACACUUCUAUAUUUCAAUGGACCAGCUUGUUUACGGUAUCUGCUGCCUCUUGAGGGCCAUCAAUAAUAGCAGGGGACGAUGGUGACUCUUGGCCUAGCGAGGCCUUCCACUAAUGAGCAUCAAUGGGCUGGAUCUGAGAGUUAGCUGUUGUGCUUCUGAAUGUGUGAAGACUGAGCUCCGGCAGCCAUACUACAGAUGCUCGCUGACACUUGAGUCUUACAGUUCAGCAACACUGGGGUAAAAUGUGCCUUUUUGUGCAUUCUUUUGAUUGUGUUCAACUUAUGUUGAUUUAAAGUUCCUUAGGGUUUUGCAAAAGCAACUACAGGGGCAUAUGCCAUUAUGAAUGGGUGUGUAUUACUAACCCCCUUUAUUAUUUGUAUUUAUGUCUGUGUGUGUGUGUGUGUGUGUGUGUGUGUGUGUGUGUGUGUGUGUGUGUGUGUGUG